AUGGUGAUGAUGCUGGUGAUGGUGAUGGUGAUGGUGAUGGUGAUGGUGAUGUUGAUGGUGCUGGACAAGGUGAUAGUGAUGUUGAUGGUGAUGAUUAUGGUGGCGGCGAUGGUGAUGAUGUUGGUGAUGGUGAUGUUGAUGGUGAUGAUGAUAAUGCUGGACAAGUUAAUAGCCAUGUUGAUAGUGAUCACGAUGGUUUUGUUGAUAGUGUGGGAUAAGGUGAUUAUGAUGAUGAUGGUGAUGGUGAUAGUAAUGGUGAUGAUGAUGGUGAUGGUGAUGGUGAUGGUGAUGGUGAUGGUGCUGGACAAGGUGAUAGUCAUGGUGAAGUGA